AUGGCGAAUCAGAGCGCGUGCGCGCUGGCGGUCGAGGCGUGGGACGACGCGAUGGAGCGCGCGGAGCGGGCGAUCGCGUGCGAUGAGGGGUACGCGAAGGCGCACGCGAGACGGGCGGCGGCGCUGCGAGGGAAGCGGGAGUACGCGCGCGCGAGGGAGAGUUUGAAGGUGUGUCGCGCGUUGCUCGCGCGGGAGGGGGAGACGAAGAUGAUUCGUGACGUGGACGCGAUGGUGGCGGAGAUAGACGCGGACGAGGCGCGAGGAGAACAAGCUGCACGCGUGGGGAUGCAAGUAAAGAUGGGAUCGAAGGCGCAGGCGAAACCAAACUUUUCAGCGGCGACGACGAAGGCGAAGAAGGUGGUGACUUUCGAUCCAAAGCUCGACAUAGAUUGCGACGAGGAUGUGUUCGAUUCGCGAGCGUCUCAACCGCCGAGUCGGCGUUCGUCGUCGAAGCCCAUGCUGAUGGAUCUAGGCGUGUUGGCGGUGGAAAAGGCGAUCGAGAUGCAACGCGCCGUCGUCGAAGCUAGAGUCGAGGGAGGCUUCGAGCACAAGCGAUGUAAGAUGUGCGGCAACGUGUGUCACGCAAAACUCACCGCGUGUUCGUCGUGCUGCUUGCCGCUUGUAUCGGUGGAUUCUUACGAGCCGGCGACUUUGCCGCGCGCGGGCGCUGAGGCGAUUUACGAGAGCGAUUCUGACGACGGUGAGGAGAACGCGACGACGACGAGCGCUGAGAAAGACGCUGAGCCGUCGUAUCUCGACUCUGAUCCUUGGUGGGUGAGAUAUUACACCCGCUCGGCGCUGACCGAGCCGACGCACUCACGUGGUUUGGACCCGGCGCUUCGAUCGAGUUACGCCGCGCUCGACGUUGCGCCGGGGAGCGACGAAGUCACUGUGCGCGCGGCGUUUAGAAACGCGCUCGCGCGAGCGCACCCCGACGCCGGCGGAUCCGCAAAGGAGCUAGACGUGGUAGCGAGAGCUUAUGACGCGAUAUCUCUCGACUUUUGGCGACAUGAUGAAGGCGCAGCGCGAUUGCGUUUGCAGUCUCGAAGGCUCGCCGACGGAUCGAUUGAAUUCUUCGACUCGGCGAAUGAAGACAUAUUCGUCGUACUCGAAGUUUACAGAAACAGAGAAGCAGAGCACACGUUGAAACGGUUAUUCAGCGAAGCUUCCGAUCCUUCGCGCGUCUACGUCGGCGUUACAUGGCAAUACAAGUCCACGACGCCGCCGCCCGACGCGCUCGGCGCGCGCAUCGACCGCUUGCACACGAACGUCUACGUACUGACAGAGGAAAUCCAAAAGCGCGCGGCGGACGUGAAAGAUCCGGUAGAGCAGGAGAAAUAUUUGACUAAAAUGCGACGCUUGCAACUCAAAGCUCAGCGAACGGAAGACGCGGAGGAAAAGAGGUGUCACUCAGCAAGGGUGCUCGAAGCUCGUUUCCGAGAUCACGUGCGAGAGACUCACAUGCCGUGGGACGCUUCGGAAGGUCCAUCGUACGCGCGACAUUUAGCGAUGCGCAAAUGGGGUGGGGAAAAGUAUGUUUUGCACAUUGACGCCAUGACGGUCGUCGACAAGGGAUGGGAUGAAAUCUUGGUGUCUGAACUCGAACGCUGCGGCGACGACAAACGCGUACUCACGGCUGCGCCGUUAGGAUACGAGCUUAAAACUCAACCGGUCGUCGAAGAAGAGACGUUCAGACAAAUGUAUCAGACCGACGUGUACGGCACGAUCAAAGAUCGGCUGCCAGCCGUGAGUGCUCUCGGUGAAAUCGAUCCCGCGCGCGCGCCCGCGAUUACGUGCGCGCGCGAAUUCGGCGAGUCGUUGUUCCGCACGCACGCCAGGCAACUCGCGGAGGUUCCGAGCGAGCCGACGCCGGCGCUCUUCUUCAACAGUAGUUUUGCGUUCGCGCGCGCCGAGGCUUUCGUCAGAGACGCCCCGCCCGACGCCCACGCGCCGUUCUUACAUCUAGGGGAAGACUUGAGCGCGAGCGCGAGGCUGUACACGCGCGGCUGGAACUUGUGCACGCCCGCGCGCGUUCCCGUGUUACGCUGCUACUCGAACGCGCCGCGCGCGAUGUGGAUGGAAGAUCACCGUUCGGGUAAAAUGCUGUACGCCGACGCGCGUUUCGGCGUCGGUAACGAAUCCGACGCGGCGCGGCGAGAAUUUCUCAAUUUACUCUCGCGCCGGCGCGUCCUGCAGUUGGUCGCCGCCGCGGACGACAGCUCGCAGACCUCCCGGGACGAUCCCGUGCGUUUCACGCGCGCCUACGGCGCCGGGCGCGACAGAUCCAUCGAGUCAUUCAUCGAGCACAUCGGCGUCGACUUCACCGCGAAACGAAUCUCGACGCGCGCCGCGUGCGGCGGACACGACGGCGCGUUCGUCGCGUCUUCGAAAUCGCUUCCCGCGCCGUUCGCGAGCGCUCGGACGGGCCCGAGCGAGCGCGCCGCGCGUCGGUAUGUGUAA